AUGGCCUGUUCUCUUACCGCGAGGUCAUCCAAACUGCUCGUGCAUCGGGCAACAUGGCCUCACCGCAUCCCACGCAGCCUCAUCUCUCGCAGAGACCAAACUCGGACACUACUCAACCUUCUUAGGAAGUCAAAGCCCGAAGCAACGACUACUCAAAAAUCUGCAUCACCACCACCGCGUCAAGUUCUAUCACAGGAUAACCUCUUCCAUCCAUUCUCGAAAUCCCCGUUCCCCACUAUCCAACAACGAGGAGAAGCAAUCAAGAACCUCGCCCCAUGUCCUGUAUGUGCGAAAAGCGCUGCACUCGGACAUCCGCAUGUGACGCGUAACAACGUGAAUUUCGAGUGCCCAGAUUGCGGAUGGCCGACGCAUUGCUCGGAGGAGCAUUGGGCCGCGGAUACUGAGCAUCAGAGGUAUUGUGGAAGACUACGUGAGGUGAAUGAGGAUGAACAUGAUUUGAGGAGUGGAAGGAGGAUGACGGAGUUUGAGUUACCCGGACCUAUGGAAUAUGACGAAACCGUAUCCUUCGCAAACUGGGAUGUAUUCUGGUAUACUCGCGGAUUCCCGUCGAUGGAUACGGAACGUAUGCGGAGGCACGCUAGCAAGUUGCUAACAUAUCCCAUGACCAUCGCCUCGGUGCUUCACCAAAAUAGCGGACUGACACUAAGCAACCAGCGCGUCACUCCCGAGGGGAUUCGUUCUCUCGCAGCUCUGCGAUCUACAUUGCACGUCCCGCUCGGCUCACCAGAAACAGAAGAAGCAGGCGUCGGAAAACCCGUGUUCCGCGUCUUUAUCCUCGGCGCACGCGCGGAGUCGUCCCUUCCGCCGCAUGUUUGGGAACAACUUAGCAUGCUCUUCCCCUCGGUGUCGUUACAUUUGCAUUUUAUCGGUCCGCAGGUCUCGUUGCCGAAACCGGAGGAGAUGGAGAAGAUGCGGUCUAAACAUACGACGAAGAAGACCGAGGCGGAGGUAGAGAGCACUACGUCUUCUCCGUCGGAAGAGAUCGCGGCCAAGUCUACUGCUAAAACGACACCAACAACCGAGGAAACAUCAACAUCUCCCUCAUCUCCAGAACAUACCAAACCAAACUACCUCCCCAACAUCUACCAACCCCCCACACCAGCUCCCAUACCAACACACAAACGCACACGGUCCUCCGUCACUCUCUACGGCGCACCCUCCUACACAGUCCCCUUCGCGCCACAAAUCUCGAUGACAGGGAUCCAAGCACCCUACACCUCAAUUCACCCUCUCCUCUCCGACUCACUCGACCCAUACACAGAUGUGUUCUUCCUCUUCUCCCCCGGACUCGGCUUCCCCUCCCCCUCCGGCUCCUCUCUCCAAAUCUCUUCACCAACAGAAUGGGGUGGCACCCUCCCUUUACUCCUCCAAUCCAAAUGCGCGAUUUUCGUCACGGGUUUUAGCCCAGCGGACGUCGAGCGGGACGUUAGGUCCCUCGCUACUGCAGAUGGUGUAGCGGGUGAGUUCGAUUGGGUCGUUACACCUGGUGAGAACGCAUUUGGGAGUGAGAAGUGGGAGGUGGCGGAUUUUGAUCCGAGGGUGAUGGUUAAGACUAAUUGGGGGAUUUGGGGGAUUAGAGGGAAGAGGAGGGAUAUUAGGGAGUAUGGACGGUAG